AUGACGAACGGGCAGGCUGGAUCGUUCUCCCAGCUGCUUGAGAAAAAGAAGGAGGCCUUCUUGAGUGCGGUCAAUGGCGGAAAGGGGGUGGAGGACUGGGUGAUAAGCGUCGGAAACGAGGCAGGCGACCUCGAUUCGAUGGCAUGCGCGAUCGGCUACGCCCACUUUGCAGCCGAAACUGCGUCUUCAAGCCGACAAUACGUCCCACUCGUCCUGCCUGCCCGCUCCGAUCUGCACUUGCGACCUGAGAACAUCCUCGCCCUUUCCUCCGCCGGCAUCUCGAACGACUCUAUCCUCACCAUCGACGAGCUGCCAACGUCUCGACUGUCAAACCUGGGCGCGCAGUUCACACUGGUCGACCACAACGUCCUUCUGCCCAUGUUUCGCUCCGACCCUUCGAAUGUCGAGAACGAGGAGGACGACAAGCGGGUCGUGUCGGUCAUUGAUCACCAUGCCGACGAAGGACGCCAUCUCGACGCCUCGCCUCGACUGAUCUCGCCGGUCGGAAGCUGCUCGUCCCUCGUCACUUCCCACUUUGCCGCCUCCUCCAGCUUUUCCGUCCCUACACCCGUCGCCGACCUCCUCCUGUCAGCUAUCAUGAUUGACACGCGACUGAAGCCGACAUCGGACGGGGGAAAGGCGACCGAGACGGACAUCGCAGCCGUCAACACCCUCCUCCCCUUCUCCUCCUUCUCCGCCUCAACCUCGACCACCAACCUCACCGCCACAUCUACCUCUUCAUCCGCCCUCGAUGCGCUCAAAGCGCACAACGCCCGCCUCUCCACGGCAAAAGAAGACGUCUCCCACCUCUCAGGCCACGACCUCCUCCGCCGCGACUACAAAGAAUACGCCGAGUCGACCUUCCGCUACGGACUCUCGACUGUCCCGCUGCCGCUCUCAACUUGGCUCGAAAAGUUCUCUGGCUCGGGCGAGGAGAAGGUCGAGGGUCUGCUUGAGGACACGCGAAGGUGGAUGGACGAGCGCAAACUCGAUCUUGCGGGGAUCUUGACCUCCUACACGCACGUCAAGAAGUCUGGACAAUCAGGCAAACAUCGUCGCGAGUUGCUCGUCCUCUCGCGCGACGAGCGACUCAACAAGGUCGUCUUCCCCGGGCUCGAGAAGGACAAGGUGUUGCAGCUAGAGGAAUGGAAGGACCUCAAAAGUUAUGGCGUGCAGGAGCGGGAGAAGGACGGCGAGAAGUGGAAGGUUUGGCAGCAGGGGAACGACAAGGCGACGCGGAAACAGGUUGCGCCGGCUCUCAAGGCGUUGGUGCUCGAGGCGGGCGGGCAGGCUGCGUAG